CAAGAACAAAUGGACGGAGGGGUAGAAUCGACUGCGAAUCACCUAGUAAUGACUCCGCUAGUAGGUGAUAGAAACGACUUGAAUACAUCAAGAAGAUUCACCUCAACCGAUAUUGACAACGAGCUUAUAUUCCAACUGUGUCCGAAUGAGAAAGUUGGUGAAGUCGGUUUAUCCGUGACCAAGUAUUCACCACUGGGAGUGGCAGAUUCAACGGCACCGAGGGGGAGAGGGAUGGGCAUUAAGAAGGACUUGACAGCGGAAGAUGAGUGGUUGCAUGGGCGAGACAGAAAAACCGUGGCUGAGGAAUAUUUUGGAGCUCUACCAUCGUCGCCACGGGAGAAGCUCUCUUGGUCUCGAGUGGCUCUACCACGAUCACUGAUACUGCACUACAGUGAAGCUACCCCUUGCCUCUUGCCAAUUCACUGAGAGACAGAGACUACUGAUGUUGGCGAGCACGUGUUUUCUCAACCCCGGUGGCGGAGGGAGGAAUUGAGAGGGUCCAGACAUACAAGACACGGCGAAGAGGGAAACAGGUGGAACGAAGAAGAACCGUAAAUAUUGAUAAUCGCUCGAC